AUGGCGUCCACCAAUGGUGGCUUCUACCGAGGUAGUAGUCCGCUCUUGAGCUUAGCAGAUGCAUCACUCGCAAAGGCCUCGGCGCCGUCUGCGCAAGGUUUUGCACGCACCUUGGCGCCACCGCCAAGGAUGUUACCACCUGUUGACGCUGCUGCGGCUGUCGCCGCAGCUCUUCCGUCCGGCAUACCACUGGAUCGAUACCAAGCAAAGCUAGAGGAGUGCGCUGAGCUGCACCGUCAGGUAGAGAAGCUGACACACACAAACGAGGCAGUAGAGCAGCGUCUCGCGAGUUGCCAAGCAGAGGCAGUGCAGCUGCGUCAAGCCGUGCACCGACUAGAAUCUGUGCUGCAGCUCCAAAACGAGGAACUUCUACUGCUGCGUGAUGACAAACGCCAACGUGGUAGUGGUGGUGGCAGCAGAGAGGGAGCACUGGCCCAGAUGCGAAUGAUCCUGCCAGCAGCUGGGGCCGCUGCACCAUCGCUCGCCAGGGCCUACGGCAGAGUAGGCCAGGGGACUUCCCACUCUAUGGUGACCGCCACAGCAGCUGACCAAGCAGUCAUACUCGAGUACAUUAGUGCCUCCUGCUACCUAGGCUGCCCGACCCACCCGCAGCUUAUCCAGUGCUUUUUUGCUGCCACCUCUGGAGAGGCUUUGGUCGCAACGGAGCCGCCGCUUACGUACGCGCAGGUCUCGGUGCUGCAUCGUCUGCUUGAGCGACAGCCCAGUGGCAGUGGGGCUGUCGCCGCUUCCACAGCCUUUAAGCUCUCUGCAUUCCGCGCAUGGGCGUCUGUGCAUCUCCGCACCUUUUCUGUUCGAUUCGAGAACGAGUGCGCCGGUAUGUCGACUCUCUCAGACGCGCUGCUGCAUUCCCUCCCCUCCCUCGCUCAUCUCGAGGUGUGGUGCGUAGGGAACGACGCUGUACUCACGAAGCUCACGAAUGCGCUCAUGGGUGCCACGCAGGUGCGCGCGCUGUCGCUGCCGGAGCUGGCAGUCGGUGACGAGGGCCUGCAAGCACUGUGGUGUCUACUUCGAACGCGUGACUUGAUGCAUGCACCGUACAUCAUCGCGGAGCCGACAGACACAUCUGGCACCGACUCUCUCGCACUGAACCUGUGCACCCUCGACCUCAGUGCCUGCGACGUGAAGGACACACUCACUCUGACCCAGCUCUACUGUCCCUCUGCCGAGGUGCUGCUGCUGCCACCAACAGACCGCCUGACGGACAGCCUCCUCGUAGAGGUGCUGCAGCGCUGUCCUCGGCUGCACACACUUGAUCUCUCGGGCUGUGUGCGACUGACCGACGCGUGUGUCGACUUCCUCAACUCCACCGCCCCGCAGGUGCGAGUCCUUGCGCUGGAGCACUGCCCGCACGUUCACCGCCUCCGGCUAGAUCACGUGGAGGUAUUGUUUUCUUCACUCGCGCACGUGCACGUGCUCACGAGUCGAAGCCUGCGUGUGCUGCCACUGCCGGUGCAGCAGCGCGCCAUUCUCCUCUCUCUCGUGGCGCCUCGCCUGUCGCAGGUCUCCUUGCACGGGAUGCUUCUCGAUAAAGAGGCGCUGCGGCGGUUCAACGGCCGCACUGAGGAGGUGGGCGGCUGCGAAGAAAGCCUUCGACUCGCCUCCGUCACCUUCUCUGAGUGCACGUUUGCCAGCGACGACGUGUUCACACGGUUCCUCGUCUCGCAGACGACUGUACAGAAGUUGUGCCUCUACCACUGCAAAGGGCUGAGCAGCGCCUGUUGGAUGGUGUCGGCAAGGAGCGGCUUGCCCACCUUCAUGAGUCUUCACACGCUCGAGUUGGUCAACCUGCGGACUCUCACCGACGCAGCCCUCUGCAAGCUCAUCCAGGCAUGUCCUGCCCUGCAGCAGCUCAACCUUCACGGCGCGGGCUGGUCGCACCUGACGGACAUCAGCAUCCGCCAGCUAGACCAGCUAGCGGAGCUACGCGUGCUGAACCUGCUUGCCCUGAACCCGGACCUCGUGACAGCUCCUGUAGUUACUGCAGUUGCGCGACGCCUGCCGCAGUUGCAGCGACUGUACCACGAAACAGCCAUCACCUCAGUGAGGCACAGCGAGUUGAUGGGGAGCGGCGACAAGGACGCAUCGCACCGCGUUGGCGGCGUGGAUAUCACCUCCGCAUCGGUGCCAGCGUCGGUGAUGGUCGAGAGGAGUGAUGCAGAGGUGCGCUGGCGAGCGGCGCUGCGCGACUACCCUCUUCGCCUGCUGCGGUUGCAGCACCACAGCGCGCUGGCCAUGUGGACCGAUCUGGCGCGCGUCAUUUCCCCACGCACCAGCCGUGUGAGUGUCGCUGAAGCCGCAAGUGAAGCUGUGCUCACGACGACAGCAGCGAACAUUGAGCCUGACGGAAGUGCUAUUGAGGUAGCAGAAGCGGCGGCGGCAGAGCCGUCGAAACUGUUUCCAGAAAUGGUCACCCGCACCAUGGCCGCUGCCAUCGCUGCCUCGGCGGCGAGUAAAACAACGCUGCCGCCGCUGACCGCCUCUGCACCACCUCAGCAAGUGCCAAACUGGUCGAGCCGUACCGUUGAUUCACUGCACCACGAAGCAGCGCCACCGCUAUCAGUGCGGUCCUUCGAGGAAGUGGUGCCCGCGCACGUUGAUGCAGGCGAGUUUAGCCAAGCGUCGCCGACGCAGCAGCAGCAGCUCGACUCGCCAUCGUCGUGCUCCUCCUCAGGCUCCUCAGUAUGUACCCAGAACUCGAUGCAAGAGGACAGUCACGAAGAAGCAGGUCGCAGCGUCAAGCGGUCACUGUUGCAAUGCGCCAACGCCGCCGCAUCCGCAUGCGUCCAGUCGCACCAGCGCCGCUCCGUGCGCACGUCACCAAGCACCAGCGGUACCAGCCGUCCCUCCGUGGCUGCCGCAGUUGCCGCCGCGGCAGCAGCAGUAGCACCACAUGCAGACUCCUUGGAGGAUGUUGCAGAAGUGUCGAUGGGGCCAUGGGAAGAGUAG